GCUUCCCUGUGCGGGCGGGCUUCUCUCAGCGUGUGUGCGCCUCGGCGCGUUCAUCCUCCACCGUGGUCCAUGGCGGGGGCGGGCGCGGCCGGGCGGAGGAGCCGGGCCGCCCUCGGGCUGUGCGCCGCAGUUAUUUUACUAGACCUGACUUUCUGCAAAGGAUUUGUAGAAGAACUAGAUGAAUCGUUUAAGGAUACUCGAAAAGAUGACAUUUGGCUUGUUGAUUUCUAUGCCCCAUGGUGUGGCCAUUGUAAAAAGCUGGAGCCAAUUUGGAAUGAAGUUGGUCUUGAGAUGCAAAACAUUGGUUCUCCAGUUAAGGUUGGAAAGAUGGAUGCUACUUCCUAUUCUAGUCUUGCUUCAGAGUUUGGAGUUCGAGGUUAUCCAACAAUUAAGCUAUUGAAGGGGGACUUGGCAUAUAAUUACAAAGGACCACGGACUAAAGAUGAUAUUAUUGAGUUUGCACACAGAGUUUCUGGGGCUUUGGUUCGUCCACUUCCAAGUCAGCAAAUGUUUGGACAUGUCCAGAAGAGACAUCGUGUGUUUUUUGUUUACAUAGGUGGAGAAUCACCCUUGAAAGAGAAGUACAUAGAUGCUGCUUCAGAGCUAAUCGUGUAUACAUACUUUUUUUCUGCCUCAGAAGAUGUGGUGCCGGAGUAUGUCACAUUGAAAGAAAUGCCUGCUGUGCUUGUUUUCAAAGACGAAACCUACUUUGUUUAUGAUGAGUAUGAAGAUGGUGACCUGUCGUCAUGGAUCAGCAGGGAGAGGUUUCAGAACUACCUCACUAUGGAUGGCUUCCUCUUGUAUGAACUUGGAGACACAGGAAAGCUUGUGGCCAUUGCAGUUAUAGAUGAGAAGAACACAUCACUUGAGCACACCAGAUUAAAGUCAAUUAUUCAGGAAGUUGCUAGAGAUUACAGAGACCACUUCCAUAGGGACUUUCAGUUUGGCCAUAUGGAUGGAAAUGACUACAUAAAUACCUUGCUGAUGGAUGAAUUGACAGUCCCAACUGUCGUUGUCCUGAAUACUUCAAACCAACAAUAUUUUCUGCUGGAUAGACAUAUUAAGGACACCAGUGACAUGGUUGAGUUUAUCAACAGUAUUUUGGAUGGCACAGUGCAGGCCCAAGGAGGUGACAGCAUCUUGCAGAGAUUAAGAAGGAUAGCAUUUGAUGCCAAGUCCACAGUUGUGUCUAUCUUCAGGAGCUCUCCCCUCAUGGGCUGCUUUCUCUUCGGCCUGCCCCUGGGUGUCAUCAGCAUCAUGUGCUACGGGAUCUAUACAGCCGACACAGAUGGAGGGUACAUAGAAGAGCGCUACGAAGUGUCCAAAGGAGAGAUGGAAAGCCAGGGCCAGAUAGAAGACAGCCAGGAGCAAGAGGCAAGCAGUGAGGGGUCCCAGGUGCCUCCUGUGCCAGAGCCUAAAGAUGUAUUAGAGAAGAAGAAAGAUUGAGACUUUACAAAUACAGAGUAUUUGAUAGGAUUUCAAAUUAUUAAAGAGUCUAUUUAUUGAAUCUAGAGAUUUAAUCAUGAUCCUUACAGAAAAGAACAUGUUAUUUGUAUUUUGCUAUAACAACUGCAUGGAUUAAAAUAGUCCUUCCAUAAAUGGGAAAUGUGUGGAGGAAAGCGAUAGUUUGUCCAAAAUAAAGUCACAUUACUCCAUCAGUUUUCCUGACAGAUGCUGUUCUACCUGGCCAGCUCCAUGCGUGUUUCUCAAUCUGAAUAUUCAUAACAUUUAUAUGAAUGAAGUAAGUCUUCAAAAUGUAGGUAAUUUAAGAAAAACUACUAAACAUUUCCCAUGUAUCAAUUUUAAGAUUCUGAAAAUGUGGUUUUAUAUAAGAUAGUGAUUUUAUUUUAUUAGUUUUUAAAGGAGAAGAAAUGUUGCUUUGUACCUUUAUACGCAGUUGGGGUUAUAACGUGUUUGUAUGGGCCCAUGCCAGAGGGAAGAGCGACAUGAUGGACUUCACACAAUACCCAGGCCCGCGGGAGCAGCGGCUCUGGCCACGCCCUCCGCGCGGCGCUCUUCAGCCGUGUCCCUCCCGCAGGAGGGCAGCGCCCUCUCCGUCUACCUGCUCCGGCCACAGCAGCCUUGCAUUCUUGUGCUCCAUUUUUAUUUUAUGCCUGGGCUAAAAGUUCUAAAAUCAUUUAAAAAACAAUCUGUGUUCUAAAAGAUCAUGUAAGUUUAUGAUAUGUAAACUUCAUAAGUACUUCUGGUCCAAAAAUGUGUGUAUGCGUGUCUGUGUUUGUACACAUAAAAUCUGUCACCCAUCUCUUAUGGGGUGCACAGCAUGCCUGGGACCUGAGCAGUGAGAAAGAGACGGGGGUUCUCUUCUUCGUUCUUUCAUCCCUGUCACCCCACUGGUGAGCACCUCUCAGCUUCUCCAUGACACAGUCAUGCAGGAAUUCCAUUCCAAGCCAUGUUUAAAAGUGGGAAUUUUGUGAUGGGUUUGGCAUGUUUAUUACUUUGUAGUUUUGAGGCCUUGAUUUUAGCUAUGUUUAGAAUUUUUGUUACAUAAGUGUUCAUUUGGAAGGUUAUUUGAAUAAUUUAUUUGUCCUUUGUAAAGGAUGUAUGGGACAUUUUAAAAUAUGUAAUUUAUGGUCCUGACAGAAGUUAUUUAGGGCUUCAGUUUCUAGGGGGAGCAUCUCUUAAUUGCUUCUGAUACAAAACAGCUCAGAAGUGACCCAGAACUCAUCUAUGUUACUUAGUCAGUAAUCAUCAGUGAUUGGUUGUGUCCAUGAGCUUUUUUCAUGUUUAAUACUCAAAUACCCAUUCCUGAUAGUUGGUGCCCUGUCAUGUGAUAAUGAAACAAAUAUGCAUUCACAGGGACUUUCAGGAAAAAUUAGAAAGAAAUAGUCUCAGAUGGAACCUGGAGAUGGGUACUGUUACAUUAAUAAGUAGAUCCCUCUCCACAGCACCAGGAGAGAUUCCCAAGCUUGUGUUGAAUGGUGAAAACCUUAAGUACACGCAUAUGCCUCAUUCAAUACUCUAAAUUGUCUGCUCAGAAAGACACAAGGAGUAGAGUAACCUUGACCUUCUCCCUUCGUGUCUGUCACUAGCCAGUGCUGUCAGUCAUCUCCCGUGAGCGGAAUCUCAGUGAAGUGCAACUUGUGUCCACACACAGCACCGAGGUCGUCCUGGUAACCUGUGGUACUAUUCCUUGUGAGGAAUGCCUUAGCUCUCAUGUCCUUUUCACAACCUGACUGUUGCCUCAUUCCAUUUGUACUGUUAAAAUGUGUUCAUUGGGAAAAUCUGAGUGAAUAAUAAUCUUUUUGUAUUAAAAUUUUACAUUUUAUUUGUUUCUACUUUGAUACAUUUUUAUUUAUGUUGUCAAAUGCCUCAAACAACAGAUAUUAAAAACCAAGUAGUGAGAUUUUUCCCUUCGAUAGGAUGUCAGAGCUUUACUCUGAACAUUUUCAUGACACAAAAAUACUUCAGAGACAAGGCAAAUUUCUUAAUGCCAUCAGGAUAUAUGAUGUUCUUACCCAAUGUGUCUUCAAUUAAACACUCAUAAUAGACCCCUUCAGGAAAUUGAUAUUCCUCCUUUUCUUUCAGACUUGCAAUGAUGAUGUCUUUCUCAUUUCUGAAUUUGAUAUUGUAGAUCCUUCCUAAUUCUGGUGCUCAAACAAUAUUUAACAAUAUUUCUAAGAGAGAAAGUACAUGUUUUUAUCAAGUUCUGUACACACCCAUCGUACCCUAAAAUCCUUAUUUCAUUGUAUGCAUCAAUACUUUUAUACCUCCUAUGUUGAAAACAUGUUUGAGAUUGAUUAGGCCUGGAAUUUUUGUUUUCUUCACAUAUAGUACUUUCUGGUACCUGGUUUAGAAGUAACAUAGGUGCCAAAUAUCAGAAGGCUGAGGGAAGGGUCUUGGCUAAAGCAGUUGUCUCCAGUGUUGACAUGUAAGUGGUCCAUAAUAUUUCUAAUAUUUUGAUUUCAGGGUCUUGGUUUUAGGCUUGCAAAACAAUAUUUUCCUCAUUGCUUAAUAUGACAUGGAAGUAGGACAGGGGAAAAUUGCUCAGCCCUUAUGCAGAAAUGUUAACUAUGUGAGAUAUUAUGACUAUCAAAUGAAGGCGUUAAGUUUGCCUUUUUACUUUUAUAAAUCUAUAUUUUUUCCUGAAUGUGUUUUGAGUCCAAGAGUCGGUAAAAAAUAAUAAUAAUUUUCUACUUUGAACUAAAAGCUAUAGAGGUUUUUGAAAGUCUGUAUUCCUACUAACUUGUUGGAUCAUGAUAGACUGCCUUGUGGCAACAAUUGUAAAACCUUUGUUUUUUCCAAAAUAAAGUAAUUCAAAACAUAA